AUGAGUGUGAAUUAUCACCACUAGGAAUUAUAUUGUCUACAAGAUUAUAAUAAAUAAUUAAAAUAAUUAUAACGAAAUAAUUAUCCAUUGUAGAAAGCACUGUAUUUCUAUGUCACUUCCAUCGAGAAAAAGCUUGGCGUGAAUGGAUCAGCAAAUCUGACCAUGGUGUAAGUGACCACAAAGAUGAGAUUCUGCGCUACCUUCGCUCUAUUGCCCACUCAACCACAACAAAUAAGAUUGAAGAUGCAGUGAAAACCAUGAAAGAAAGCACUUUAUGGAAGUCUUCCUUGAAACUCCAAAAAUGGCAAGAAGGAAAGUGGUUACCAAAUGCAAAGGUGCAUACUUUAAAAUCAGUUAUACUUUUAAUGUUUCCAAUAAAUAAAUACAGCAUGAGAUGCCGUGUUGUUUAGGAUAUGCAAAAACGAGCAGACUUCGAUGCGCGAAUGCUGUAUACAGUGCACUUCUGGGCUUGUGAUUUGUCUUGAUACCUUACUUUAAAAUUUAAAUUCAUAAUCAUUCUUUUCAAACACUUUUUCAUCCAUCCAAAUACGAAAAACCUUUCGAAAAAUCUUAUUCUUACUUUCAAAUUCGGUUAAUACUUUUGUUUGAAGCCUUUUUGUGUGUCGUUCACGAAUGUUUAUUUUACAUUCUUAGAGAUGGGUACAAGCAUUUCGCAUAGAAGUGGCAGUCCAUACAAACAAUGGUGUAGAGCAUCAGAAUGAAGCAUUAAAAUAUGAUAAAAAGUUCUUAUCUACUAAAUCAUUGGUCAAUAGAGAGAAUUUUCCCGCUCAAUAAUAAAAUCAACAUGGCGGAAAUGCAGCAUUCAUAUGCAAAUGCGUGUAAUUUGUGCUUUAGAACAAUUGAUAAAGAUUACGAGAGAUUUCUAGUAGAAGGACGGGGGCAAUUUAAUGUUCGUUCGGAGCUGGAAAGUCUGGAAUUUAACGUGAGCCGUACGAGUCGAUUCAUUUGUUGUGGUUGCAUUCAAAAGCUAAAGAAACAGAGGGGAUUAAUUAAUCAACUGGAUAGCAUUAACAGUUGUAUAAAGAAUUUACACAGGGUCAAUUUAGAAGACAUUACUCCACAACUGAAAAGAAAUGUGUGUGAUUUCCAUGAUAAUACCAGCAAUACUAUUGUCAAGAAAAUUCGCAAAGAUGCCAAAGAAUCGACACCAACAACAUUACAACCCUCUACUUCCUCACCCGUUCAUCAUACAGACAUUCCUCAAUGGCCCGUAUCACCUUUAGUUUCAAAUGAACAACCUAAGACUGAGAGCGUUCGACAACUGUUAGUACUUGAUGAUGAACCUGAUACACUGAACGAUGAAUCAUUGUAA